AUGUAUGGCCUGAAGAAACCUGCUGGAAAGCGAAAGUCUCCCACUCCUACUCUAUCUAAGAGUGACGGAGAAAAUUCUGACUCCAAAACUGAAUCGGACAUUCACAUUGAGGAGGAUCUACCAGUUCGUAAUGAAGAAGAUGAUCCAGUUCGCACUGAAGAACAUGAAUCUAUUCGCAUUGAGGAGGUUGAACAAGUUCGCAACGAACCACAUGUUCUCACUGAGGCUUCAUCUCCAAAUCGUGAGGUAAUUCCACCUCUUAAUGAUUUUAUUCCUUCUCAACCGUCCUCACCAAAAACAACUGCCUCUAUCCCAAUCACCAUGGCACCCAUGCCACCACUAGUAUCAUCUCAACCAUCCAUAACUAUUCCAGUCACAAUUCUUAUUUUCACUAAAUCCACCAUUUCGCAUCACACCUCUGCUACACUACAAGCUCAGUCCAUGUAUCUGAUACGGGGGCUAACACUUCAAGUUUUUCAAGCCAUUCCUUUUCAAAUAAGGAUUGAUAGUGAAGAUGAAGGCUCUACUACGAAAGGGGAACUCAAAUCUCUUCAUGAGAAUAUUGAUCAGCUGCUUCUCGCAUCCCAAGUCUCCACCUCUGAGGCUUAA